GCAGCUGACAGACCUGUGCUUGACUUUGAUUAAUUUGUGUCAUAUUCUAUUUCUCUUGCUCAUUAACGAUUUCUAUCGAAUGUCUUCCUGCGUUUGUAGCAUAUAAUUUAGAAGUCAUCGAUCGAAAAAGUGAAUUUUCAGAAGAAACACCCGCGUGUGAUCUGUUGAAUAAGAUAAAAGGAGCCUUCGCGUGCGACCAUGGCGAGCGGGUCGUGGGAGGAGUUCUUUGCGGUGCACCUCCCUCCCACUGACUUUGAGGACAAUCGUUCCCUCCUCAAGGAGUUCUGCGAACGACAUGAUAAGCAUGGCAACAGGAUUGCACUCGUCACGUCUGGCGGCACAACAGUACCUCUGGAGCACAACACUGUCCGAUUUGUGGACAACUUUAGCGCGGGCACUAGAGGCUCGGCCUCCGCGGAGUAUUUCCUGGAGCAUGGCUACGCGGUCAUCUUCAUGCAUCGCCAGAAGACGCUUGAGCCAUACACGAGGCACUUUAGCGGACAGAAGCUGCUAGAUAUGCUGGAACUUAACGAACGAGGGCCGAACACCACUAUUACUGUGAAGCCUGACAGCGUGGACGUGCUGGCGCCAGUGCUGGCACGCUACAAGGCGGCGCACGCGGCGGGCGCGCUGCUGCACGUCGCCUUCACCACGGUGUCGGAGUACUUCUGGCUGCUGCGCGCCGCCUGCGAGUGCCUGGCGCGUCUCGGCCCCCGCGCCCUGCUCUACCUCGCUGCCGCUGUCUCUGACUUCUAUAUACCUAAGGAUAGAGUGCCGACACACAAGAUGCAGUCGGAGAGCGGCGCUCCAGUGAUCCAGCUGCAGCUGGUGCCCAAGAUGCUGGCGCCGCUGGUCAGCCUGUGGGUACCCAGCGCCUACGUGGUCUCCUUCAAGCUGGAGACCGACGAGAACCUCCUCGUGCCGAAGGCGCGCUCCGCACUAGAGAAGUACAAGCAUAAGAUGGUGGUAGCGAACCUCCUGCAGACGCGGCACCACCGCGUGGUGCUGGUGAAACCGGACGCCAGCCAGGAGAUCCUCCUCACCAGGGAAGACGUACACGCAGGUGUGGACAUCGAGGCGUCGAUAGUGAAUGAGAUAGUGCGUCUGCACACGGCGCACCUUGGCGGGCCGAGCGCCCCGGCCGCGCGCUGAGUGUCGCGCGGCCGCCUGCACCGCCUCUACCUCACCGACUAGGCGGCCGCCAUAUUGCACCGUAAUACCAUCAAAUACGGUUCAUAUUCCAUUGCGUACACACGCGCGGACAACUUUCAACCUUAUUGCCUACGCGAUACAGUUUAUUUUGUUCUGUGUUGUUGGUGUUCUAGUUAUUUUAAUAAGUUUGCUAUUGGGUAUAUAUUUGAGUGAACUUAAGUGUUAUAUUCAUCCGAUUUUAAGCAUUUGGUGUUGCAUUCACGCGAAGGAUUAUCAACCUUAUUUCGUGCGAAAUACAGUCUAUUUUAUUGGUGUUGUAAUUAGACUUUAAUAUUUGCUUGGGUUGGUAUUUUAGUAUAAUUUAUACGUGUUAUGAUACACUCGAUUUUAAGCCUAAUAUGUACGAAAUACAGUCUAUUUUUGUUAGUGUUGAAUUGUAGUUCUUAUGCUCAUGGUUAUUAGGAUCAAUUUUGGACUACACGGCAUUUUUUUUUUUAGUUCGAGUUUACUUCAACUAAAAAGAGUGGUGAUAGUCCAUUUUUGCGUUGGUUUUAGCUUUUAAGUGCACAGUGAUAAUCAAAUUUAAACUUUAUUGAGUUGUUUUGGGGUUUAUUUUUGAAUGAAAUAACGUUAGUUUUUAAGUGUAGAUUUAUUUUAGUAAUUUUCAACUUUAUUCUGUACAAAAUUGGGUCUACUUUUGAUUGUACUCUUUUGAGUUGCAUAUUUUAUAGAUUUAUCGUGUUUUUUAUUGUUAAAAUUUUCCAAAUCGUGGAUUAUUAUUCUAGGUGUUGUGGUAUAUCGGAAUUAGAAUACGACUUUUUACAAUUGUAUUCAAAUGGAUGUCUUAUUGCAUUGUUUUAAGGUUUAAUAUUAGUUGCACUUUAGUUGCAUUUCGAAUAUUGUAGUAAUGGGUGUUAUUCAAUUUUGUAUUUUAACUCUUGUGAGAUAGUGUUUAUUUCUGCGUGGUUUUAUUAUUGUGAGAGUUUUUUUAGAUAUUAAGUAUAGUUUUAAUAUGCGUUUACACUAAAUUGGUAAAAUUUUCGCUUAUUAUUUUAUAAUAAAAAUUAUAUCAUUGCUAAAGAAAUUGUGACAUAUUCUACUUUAGUGUUGCCAGAAAUUAAUCACAGCAUGAUUUAUUUAAAAAAAAAGUAGUUGGCUUUAAAAACUAUAAAUAUUCAGUAAAAAUAUACAAAAAGAACAACAAUAAUUACGUAUGUAUUUAUAUUUUUAUUUUACGAAUUUAGUGGAAACGUACCUUAAGCAACUUAAAGUUUUAAACAUAUUUUCCUUCAUAUUAAUGUGAUUUGUUUGCAAGCGAUUGUCGUAUUUAAGUGAAUAGUGUUUAGCUACAUUUUCCCUUGUAUUUGUGGGUGUUUGACUGAUACUAUCUUUGUAACGUGUAUUGCCCUCUACGUGCCCCAUAGAUUUAUUUAUAAGUAGAUUUUAUAUGUCUAUAUUAAUGUUGAAUAAAAUAUAUCAAUAUUGUAUCAUUGUUAUAUGUAUAUUAGCGUGUAUUUUUCUCAAUCGAAAUACUAAUUAUGUAAUUAUUUAAAAUUUCUAUAAACUAAAUACGAAAAUGGCAACAUUUUUCCCGCUGUCGGUACCGACUAUUUUUGAGCCUAUUGGUAUUCAGAUACAGUGGUUCUGGCAACACUAGAAAUAAUCUCAGUCCACGUGUAUGUAGCCGUUUUUGUAUUUAUUUUAUAGUAAUUGUGUAUUUUAGAAUUUUAUCAAUAUUUAUGUUAGAAAUCUAAAUUUUUUAUUUAUAAGGUGGUGUAUUAAAUGUCUCUCAGUAUUUAUAAAUAAUAGUUACAUAUCAUAUAACGAGAUAUUUUCAUUUAAUACAGAUAUCACAGAUUAUAUUUGAGCUGUCACCUUUGACAGGUGUCAUUUGUCAUGUGAAUGUCAACAUUUCAUAUCUGACAGAUGAAUAAAAGAUUCUGUGU